AUGGACCCAAACAUUCAGCGCUUUCUCAAUGACAAGCUAUAUGAUAAGCGCAAGAUCGGGGCACUUGACCUGGAGCGUACCAUUCGUGAGCUGAUCGCCGCCAAGGACUAUGCCAAAAUCGAAGCCAUCCUCGAUCAGCUUUGCAAUGACUACGCAUAUGCUGUUCAUCAGCCUCAUGCACGCAACGGUGGCUUGAUAGGCCUGGCUGCCGCCGCAAUAGCACUCGGCCCAGAGCUUCCCAAGUACCUCGAGGUCAUUGUUCCUCCCGUCCUUGCUUGCUUCACGGACCAGGAUGCCCGGGUAAGAUAUUAUGCCUGUGAGGCUAUGUACAACAUAGCCAAGGUGGCCAAGGGUGAAAUUCUGGUCUACUUUAACUAUAUUUUCGACGCCUUAUGUAAAUUGGGUGCCGACUCCGAACUCUCUGUCAAAAAUGGUGCCGAGCUCUUGGAUCGCCUAGUCAAAGACAUCGUUUCCGAAUCGGCCGCGACCUAUGUUUCGGUGCUGGAGCAGCCUCAUGAGUUCGACGGAGACGAUAAGAACGCCAACGACGAACAACUGGACUUGCCCACCGCCUUCUCUUUGAAACGAUUUAUCCCCCUGCUGCGGGAGCGCAUCUUCGCCCUGAACCCCUUUAGCAGAACCUUCUUGGUCGGUUGGAUUACUCUGCUCGACUCGAUCCCCGACCUUGAGCUUGUCACCUACCUGCCCGAAUUUCUCGGUGGACUUUUGCGUUUUCUUAGUGACUCCAACCGAGACGUUCAUGUUGCUACCCAGGCUUGCCUGGACAAGUUCCUGGCUGAGAUCAAACGCAUCGCUCAAGUCAAGAAGGGGAUAACCGAGAGCAAGAGGUCUAGAGAGGCAGCAAGGCAAAGCAGAAAGGACUCCAUCGGUAGCGGCGCUGGCCGGCCCCUUGAGGAUGGGGACGAGCUCGACUCCAUUACGGCAAACGAGGAGGACGAUGAUGUGAGCAGCGAGGAUGACUGGGUCCCCGGACAGGACGUGCAAAUCAACUACAAGGCCAUCCUGGAGAUACUAACAGCCACUCUCGAUUCGCCCCUAGAAGAGGACGGACUUCUAGAAUCGCUACGCUGGAUCGUUGAAUUCCUCGAAAUCUGCCCGGAAGAAGUAUUGCCAUUUACGCCCAAGAUACUGGCGCAUUUGCUGCCGGCUAUGGCUAGCGGUGUUGAGUCUAUUCGCCAAGCCGCCGCCAGGGUCAAUAACUCGCUGAUGGACUACGUGGUUUCUCUUUCUGACGAAGCAGAUCUUGUGUCCGCCCCGCCGGUUUCUACUGAGCGACUGAACGGAAAUGCGAGCAAUCGGGCGUCUUUGUCUAGUUCACGAGACCUCGACCUCCGCAGUCCGACACCAGCUCAGGGAAGGCAAAGUGAACGCGCCCCUACUCCGGCAGCCGCGCCUCAGGCAACACCUCAGCCAACACCUCAGGCAACACCUCAGGCAACAUCUCAGGCAACACCUCAGCCAACACCUCAAGCUGACCUAGACUAUGUUGCUGCCGUGAACUCGCUGACACUGUUGUUCCUGAACGAUCACGAGGCUACCCGUGUUGCUGCCCUGACAUGGUUGAUCAUGCUGCACCGAAAAGCACCCAGGAAAGUGUUGGCUUUCAACGACGGGACUUUCCCAGCCUUGCUCAAGACCCUGUCCGAUCCUGCAGAAGCAGUCGUUACCAAAGAUCUGCAGCUUCUCUCCCAAAUUUCGAGAAACAGUGAAGACGACUAUUUCUCCAACUUUAUGGUUAACCUACUGCAGUUAUUUUCGACCGACAGGAAACUUCUAGAGACGAGGGGCAACCUAAUAAUCCGACAACUUUGCACAAGUCUCAGCGCCGAGCGGAUCUACAGAACAUUGGCUGAUUGCAUCGAAAAGGAAGAGGACGUCGAGUUCGCGAGUAUAAUGGUGCAAAACCUCAACAACAAUCUCAUCACUGCGCCUGAAUUAGCGGAGUUGCGAAAGCGGCUCAGGAACCUUGAGACCAAGGAUGGCCAAACAUUCUUUGUAGCGCUUUUCCGAUCAUGGUGUUACAAUGCAGUGGCAACUUUCUCGCUCUGCCUGCUGGCACAGGCCUACGAACAGGCUUAUAAUCUCUUGCAGAUAUUUGCUGAGCUCGAGAUGACGGUCAAUAUGCUCAUCCAGAUCGACAAGCUGGUUCAACUACUGGAGUCGCCGGUUUUCACUUAUCUUCGUUUGCAACUACUUGAGCCGGAAAAGUAUCCACACUUGUACAAGUGUCUCUACGGACUUUUGAUGCUCCUACCGCAAUCCUCGGCCUUUGCGGCCCUGAAAAACCGCCUUAACAGCGUCAGCUCUAUCGGCUAUCUCCAUAUUGCGCCUAGACCGUAUGUCAACUCUGCCACAGGGAAUGGUGUUAGCGGAGGAGGCGCCCAUUUGUCUCACUCGCGACAUGGCUCAGUCGCCGAGGCGCUUGCCGGCUCCCCUUCUUCAACACCCUUACCGUCCCCAAACCGUAAAACUACUUCAGGAAUCGAUGCUCACAUGUUGUUGACCCGCAGCACUGCUACUACGCCAAGUGCGUCCACUUUUGACCGCCCCAAUCGACUUAAGGGGAGAGACGACAGCAUCAUCCGCUGGACUGAAUUGCUUGAGAAGUUCCGAUCAGUCCAGGAACGUGCCAGGCGCCUUCAACGAGGAGAUACAGACGACGCGUCAUCAGCGUUGAGUGAUCUGAGGAUAGGAGGAGGCGAGGCCGCAAUGGAUGCCAAGGGCACCGUGAGGGAAGGGGCAGGAGGGCGAGCGCCUCCUGUUCCAGCAAAGGAUGCGCCGGCGGCGGCGCCUCCAGCAAAAACCCGAACACUUGGAAGACCAUUUGGAAGACUCGGAGGGGCGGUGGCAGGUCGAGGCAAGCGAGCCCAGCAAUGA